AUGCCCCCCUCCGCCUCCACCAAUGGAGUCUCCUCCACCCCCGAUGCCCUCGAAUCCGACCUACUCGUCAAGCUGUCCGCCAGCUGCGCACUCGAAGAUCUGCAGGAAAAUCUCCUCGGCUCCCUCCACCGCUUGGGCUGGACCGACAAAGUCACCACCCUCGCCACAGAACUCCUCCGCGCCGGCCGCUGUGAGACCUUCGACGAUGUGAUGGCAGCAGUACUCGCUUCGGCAGAGGGCCGAAGCCACCCCGCACUAGGGUCCAAGAGCGCGAACGGUGAAACUACAAACGGAACGAAAGAUACCAACGGUAUCAGGAAAGGCAACAAACCCAAAGAUCACCAACCUUACGACCCUCUGAAGUACAUUGAAGAAAUCGACAUCCGUAUUCCGGAGACGGUAGUCGACGAGGGUGUUCGUGGAUUGAAGGAUAUUAUACGAGAAGUGGCCGACUUGGAAGGCGAGAGUGCGCCCAACGGCGAUAAGAAAUAA